AACAAACUGAACUAGAUGACUACAGUGAAGAGACCUUCCAGGAUGAUAUAAAUGACAUCUCAGAUAUUAAUGCAAACGAUUCUUUUGACCAAGUUUCUGAAUCAUCGUCUAAAAUAGUUAAAAAUUUUGAAAAACCUGUUUGUCGGAAAUGUAGAACAGUAUAUGAAAAUACUACUAGA